UCUUGAUCCUUUCUAACAUGAAAUGGACGGCAAUGAUGAAUUCAAAUGGUUUCUAUGGAUGACAUUCUAAACCAAAUUACUCAAUUGUCUCCGUGCAAAUUAUAAGAAGGAAUCUACACGCAUAAGCAAGCGUUGUGCUUAUUUUCAUGGAUGAUGUCUCCAAGAUUUCUGGUGGAAAAACCAACGUACAGUUGCAACGUUGUAAAUGGGAAAAGAAAAAUACCUUUGUCAAUAAUGUUGUGUUUGCUAAGAACAGAACAGAACAGAAAUUCUCUCCAAGACUAAGCCAGACAUGAACAAGGCAGCUUGUCUUCCACGGGGCUUAUUUUCUAUUUUUUGCAUCAUCUACGCAGCAAUUGAACUCAUUUUUACCAGAGCAGUGAAAUGGAGGACGAAAUUCAGUGAUGGAAAAGUAACCAACAUAACUCCAGGGUCGGUGCCGGAGGUGAAAGUGACACUGCCUGCUAAGUUGAUAUUUGAACAAGAUGGGUUUGCAAAAAAGUACUGUGAUGGAUCAGAGCUAGCUCAACUUCCAAAAGUUAUGCUUGGUGAAGGUACCAUGGGGACUUUGUUCAAGCUUAUUCUUAAUUGUGGCUUCAUCGUCACAGCUCGAGUGAUCCGACAAGGAUUGGUCAAGCCAGAUGAUAUUGAGCUAUGGAUUAAUUUCUUUGGAGGAAUUCGCAACACCUGGCUCUUGCCAAUGCACUUGAGUUUCUGGUGCGGUGGAGAAGCCUUUGUUGUGUAUGAGUAUUUGUGCUUGGGAAGUUUGGAGGAGCUUUUACAUGGAAGUGAAGGAAUCCGAUACACCCCAUUGAGUUGGGAAGUUCGAAAGCACAUAGCACUAUGUGCAGCAAUGGCAAUAGACUUCAUUCACAAUCAAGUUACAAAAAAAGGCAGCAACCUUGUCUGUGGGGUGGUUAAGGCAAGCAAUAUCUUAAUUCGGACAGACUGUUCUGCUUGCCUUUCCGGCUAUGAAACACCUUACCUCGUACCUCCAACAACCAUCAUAAGAAGAAAUUCUGGCAGAGUUGCACCCGAACUAAUAUCCAAUCAAAAUUAUCCAAAAAGGUUUACGCGUAAGUCGGAUGUUUACAGCUUCGGAAUUUUGUUAUUGGAGCUUGUUACUGCAAAGAGACCGACUGUGACCAACUUGGGAGAAUACGUCAUAGAAAAGAGAAAGAGAGAAGGGCUGAUAGGUAUAUGCGACCCCAAAAUGGGAGAAGUAAAGGAAAGUAUGAGAGAAAUGAUUAGAAUUGCUGAGAGUUGCCUUUCACAAAGUCCCAAAGAUCGGCCUUCCAUGGAUAGAGUGGUGCAUAUGCUUCAACAAAUGAAGGACUAGCUAGGACUAUAGAUCUAUGCAGGUCAGAAUGCAAGAAUUUCUCACAACACUGAUUUGUGUGUGCAUAUAUGUAUUAAAGCAUUGAAAAUGCAUCUCAAUUUAUUGUUCUUUGUAUUUUAAGGAAAUGAAUUCAGCUCACUCAUGAUGAGUCAA